AUGCGCUUAUUGAAUACCUCUACGCUAGAAUUCCGGGAAUUCGUUGAUCCUCCGCCUUAUGUGAUCCUGUCACAUCGAUGGGGAGAUGACGAGGUUUCAUAUGAGGAGUUCGUACUGACUCGGAGGCCUUUUGAACAGCUUCCGCCAUAUCUGUCUGACGAAGUCACCGAGAUACGAGAACGGAAGGGCUACAAGAAGAUUCUGGACUAUGCAGCGAGAGCAGCCAAUCCUUUGCCGAGCGAAGAUGACUACUGGCUUUAUCGGAAACUACGAUGGAAGAACUCCUUCAGAUUUGACUGGUGCUGGAUCGAUACGUGCUGCAUUGACAAGAAGAGCAGUGCCGAAUUGUCCGAAGCCAUCAAUUCCAUGUGGCAAUGGUACAGCAGUGCUAGCCUUUGCAUAGUAUAUCUCGUCGACGUGACAUUUUGCAGCAAAGAUGAGACAUACGAGCACUUGCUGGAGGCCAGUAAAUGGUUCACGCGCUGCUGGACCUUACAGGAGCUACUCGCGCCACGAACGCUACUCUUCUAUACCGAUUCUUGGACAGCCUUUCUGGUGGCGCAUGGAACUCACGUACGAUGGAUCAGAACAGGCCAUGAUGCUCACCAGGCUCUUCAAGAUGCAGCCGGCAUACCUUCGGAAUGCAUUGAUUAUGGGACUACCAUGACAUACUCGAUCGCCCAGAAGAUGAGCUGGGCUGCGAAUCGACAAGCGACCAGACUCGAGGACGUUGCAUAUAGUCUUCUUGGCUUACUAAAUAUCAAUAUGCCCCUUUUGUAUGGUGAAGGGUCUAGAGCAUUUACACGGCUACAAAAUGAGUUGUUGCGAUCCGAUUAUGAUGAUUCCAUCUUCGCAUGGCAUUUCCUCGACCAAACCAGAUUGGCCACCUUGUGUGAAGAUCACCAAUGUCAUUCACAAAGCCUCCUGGCCUCAAGCCCGGAUCUGUUUCAGGGCUGUGGUGCGGUGCAAAGAGGUCAGUCAUCUGAGCACGAAUUCUACGUGAGUAACAGUGUUGUCCACAUGGAGCUCAGGGCACCGGCGCAGCGUCUUGUCAGAACCUCCUACCGCAGCCUAUAUGACACUUCCAAGACGUCUCUAUACUUCAUAAAGCUAGCUUGCCGUGACUUACGGCCGGUGGAGGGUCGUGAAUCGGGAAAUGAUAUUGCUUGCAGGAUCGUGGUCCUCGCAGACGAGCGGGAGCCGCCAAUUGCAACGAAGGUCAUUAGAAGACGUAUUGCCUGCUGCGCCCGACCUGCUUGGACCAACGACGAUCUGGACAAACUACAAUGGAAGCAAGAUCGAGGGACGAAUGUCCAUAGAUUUGAUGUUCCGAUUGCUACAGAACGCAGACAAGGACAAGGACGAAUUCGCGAGCAGAGGACGAGACACACUUCCACUCGAGUGGAUGCUGCAGAGAAGUCAUUGACCCAGGAAGAAACGCCCUGUGAUACCUCCACUUUCCAAGUGAACGUACAGCAUGUGAUUUAG